AUGGCGUCGACUCUCGCAAUUAAUGCCAAAGGCACAGAAUUUGCUUAUAUCGACUCUGGCCCACCAAAGACGCAGACUUACGUGACUAUUUUCGCCCUACACGGCUUCGGUUUCUCAAGUCAUGUCUUCUCUAAGGUAUCCGAUGCCUUCAGAGCGAAGGGCGGGCGCUUCGUAGCCAUUACCCGUAGGGGGUACAGGGGAUCGACUCCGUUUGCUGCAGACGAACUUGCUGUGCUCGCUGAGGGUGACGAGGCCCAGAAGACGGUCUGGUUGAAGGAUCGAGCAGUCGAGAUCGCCAGCUUCAUCGACAGCUUCAUCCAGCAACAGAAGUUACCCGCUCCAUCCAGCGACGGUAAACAAGGCGGCAUCGCAAUUUUGGGUUGGUCGGGUGGAAACUCGUUCACCGCUGCUGUCAUUUCUUCUAUCGAUAGCUAUGCUGAGCCCGUACAAAUUCGCCUAUCGCAAUAUCUACGGGCGCAUAUCAUGUUAGAUCCACCAUCACUCUCUUUCGGCUUACCUUUUCCUCCCAAGACAUACACCCCGCUCGCGGACAUGUCAAUUCCGGCUGACAAACGCGGCCUAUCAUUCGUCGCCUGGAUUACAUCGUACUUUCAGCAUGGUGAUCUAUCCACCCGCAACUUAGAUGUGAUCGAAUACGUUGUCCCGGCCUUCUCCCAUACGCCCAGCAUCUGGAACAUGACCUUGUCCGACAUAUCUGAAAUGGUGGAUGAACCAGGCCUCAACGUUGAUAUGGGUUUGCUGGGAUUCAUCGCUACCAACGGCGCUUCUUACAAAUCUGCGACGUUCGACAAAUCUAUCAAAAGCCGGUUCACCCACUUGCAGUUUUGGCUCCUCAUCGGGGAUCUCACAUCCUCGUUCGGCCUAGCUGCAUUGUGGUCUAUUCAAGAUGACGACAAAGCCAAUGGCGGCGAUAAUGUGCACUACAAAGUGAUUAGUGGUGCUAACCAUUUUAUGCAUUGGGACGAACCAGAGAGGACCGCAGAUGUACUUUUGGAGACAUUGUCAUGA